UCUCAGAUAGGAAGCAUGGUCAGGAAGGGAAAGAGGAACUUUGCAGCCCGAUGUGGGUGCUACCUUCUCGGUUCCUUCCAGGCUGAGUGGGAGUGCUGGGGCUUGGGAAACACUCAACCCAGCCUAACCCGGGAGUGUGUGUGGCCACACGCGUGCAGACCAUAUGCAAAGGACGAAGCCUGGAGUAGCUAGAUCCUGCUGUGGAUGUCUUGCUUCAGAUUCAGAGCGGCAGAGGCAGAAGCAUCUGGAGGAGGAGGGUGUCGAGAUGAAAUCAGCCUGGCCAAGGAGAGACUGCGGAGGAUUCACUGCACAGACCUUGCUACAGGCUGCUUAAGGGUGGCGGUUUGGUUUCCUUCCUCCCUGUGGAAAUCCAAAGGCAAAGUGUCUAUGUGGGCUUAGCACCCAGGAGCCAGAGGACCACCAUCCCCAGCUCGAGACUCUCUGUGAAGCUCUGGAUGUUCUAGAAUUCUCUAUGUAGACCAGGCUGGCCUUGAACUCAAAGAACUCCACCUGCUUUUUGCCUCUUGAGCGCUGGAAUUAAAGGCAGGUGCCAUCAUACCUGGGAAACCUGGAACUUCUGAUCCUUCUGAACAUUGGGAUAACAGGUGUGUGCCAGGAACUAUGGCUUUUAUUCAGUACGGGGCACAAACACAGGGCCAGGCAAGUACGCUACCCAUAGGCUCCAUUCUCAGCCCGGAAGUUAAGUUCUUAGUUAAGUGCUUUUACUUAAGCUUAAGUUAACCGAGACCAGCCAGGACAGUGAAACCGAUUUUCCUCUCUUGUUUCAUUUCCUGAAAGAAUCAUCCCAGUUUCACCCCCUUUCCUUCCCUCAACAGGAGGGAAUGGAGAGAGAGAAACGAUCCAGAAAGGAUAAAACGGUAAUCAAACAGAAAUCCAGCCGUGCAGCAAAAGCCCUAUUUGGCCUCUUGCUUGGGUAGGUUUCACAGGCUCAUGGAGGGAAACAAACGCACAUGCGCACAGGCCCCUAAACCCACACAGGCGAAACCCCUUUGUGGAGAAGCCAGCCACAGGAAACUCACUUCGGCACAGGAACUUGCUAAUCGCUUUUGUCACUUUCGGAGUGUUCCUCUGCCUCGGUCACCUCCGACACUGAGGCCCACCACCUUGGGCUGGACUCUGCCAGUCCGGUGUUGCAGCUUUUCCAACAGUGACUCAUUGGGAGCCUUGGGGAAGAGAGAGAGAGAGAGAGGUAGACCUCAGGAGGGACUCUCAGCAGUAAUAGAUUUGAGCUACGUUAGCUUUUACAUGGCGUGGAGAGCUACUUAGACUUCCGGAGUCAGUCAUUUUGGUGAUGAGACUUGGCAUUCUACCCCAGUUCCCAAAGUGGCUGAGAUCUAUGAGAACCUGAGGCCACGCACGCCCAGCUGCCUUUGCCAGGCUGCCUGCCCGCUUCUUGGCCAGUCAAGAGCUGUUCACGAGUCAUUCGCACACCAGUUGGCACCCAAGCUUCAGAGGUUUCCCAAGCGGUCACUGUUUCUCACCUGGGCAGACUGGAGAGGUACGAUCUGUAACUGGUGUCUGAGGUUCUGAGCACAUAAGCCCUGGUUGCCGUUUCCUUACUCUAUGGAACUGCUACAGUAGCCCAUUGAGCCCUUGAGGGUUCUUUCCCUUGGGAGCCUGGACUCUUCAGUAGGACUUCAGACAAGGAAGAUGCUGAGCUCAAUCAAGUGCGUGCUGGUAGGGGACAGUGCUGUGGGGAAAACCUCACUGUUGGUGCGCUUCACCUCUGAGACCUUCCCGGAGGCCUACAAACCCACGGUGUACGAGAAUACGGGUGUAGACGUCUUCAUGGAUGGCAUCCAGAUCAGCCUGGGUCUCUGGGACACUGCCGGCAACGACGCCUUCAGAAGUAUCCGGCCCCUGUCCUACCAGCAGGCAGACGUGGUACUGAUGUGCUACUCUGUGGCCAACCAUAACUCGUUCCUGAACUUGAAGAACAAAUGGAUUAGUGAGAUCAGGAGCAACCUACCCUGUACCCCGGUGCUGGUUGUGGCCACACAGACGGACCAGAGAGAGGUGGGACCUCACAGGGCUUCCUGCAUCAAUGCCAUAGAAGGGAAGAGACUUGCCCAGGAUGUGAGAGCCAAGGGCUACCUGGAGUGCUCAGCCCUCAGCAACCGGGGAGUACAGCAGGUAUUUGAAUGUGCUGUCCGAACAGCUGUCAACCAGGCCAGGAGGCGAAACAGAAGGAAGCUGUUCUCCAUCAAUGAAUGCAAGAUCUUCUAAACCCCAAGGUCCUGUGCCCAACAUUCAUGAAUGUAUGAAUGUACCUCAGAGACUCAUAGGAGAGGGGAAAGGGCAAGCCAAGAGGACUGAUGCUCUGUCUUGAAACAUCUGAACAAGCUUUCUGCAUGGGGUUAUGAGGGAGUCUGCCGCUGCUGCUUCCACUAACUCUACUCUGCAGAAGAACUCUGUGCCCAGCACAACCAGAGAGAUUCCUUGGGAAGCCAUAUGAGUAGUCCAUCUUCAAUGAGAGACUAAAACAACCAUCCUAAUUUAGACAAUGAAGUGCAUUUCCCAACUAUGCCAUAUUUAAAUCCACAUCUUAUUUAAAUAAUAACCAAAUAUCGAGCUCUUGUUUUCAUGCUUUGGAAGUCUUUUCUUUGAAAAGGCAAACUGCUGUAUGAGGAGAAAAUAACCUUGUGGGGUUCAACCAUAUGUCUGUGGCGUUAUUGUUACUCCUGAAUUUAAUUUGGUUGGAACUACUUUGUGUGCUGUGUUUUUUUCUAGCUCAUCAGACUUUCCAAUGACCAUAAACUGAUCUCUGUAAUUCAUCUUCCAUUUCCCUGUUAUUCAGAGUUGUGUAUAAAAUACAGCUCUGGCCCAGAAGGUAUUUUAACACUGCCAAAUGACUUUCUCUGUAAUUACAAAAGAAAAUUUCUUCUUUACGAUAUUACCUGUCACUCAGAGAACUCCAGUUGCACACCAAGUGUUCCUUUCUCACUCAUUAAGACAGAGAUGGAAAGAAAAAAAAAUCUUUCAUCUCGAGAGUCACAUGGAUGCUGUUGAGGGACCCCUUCUCCUUGCCUGUGUCAUCUGACAUGUACUUCCUGAUUGGUUACAGGUCUCGGGAAAAGAGGGCAGGCAAGUGUUGUUAUAAAUAAUAGUUAAUUGGCUGGCACAACCCCAUCAUUUAUUAAUUUUAAGACUGAAUCAAAGCAAUUAGAAAGGCGCCUAUAUAGCAUGCCUGUGUAUAUGUAUAAGGGAAAAGGCAGUGUUUAUGACUUUUACUGUUUCAUGAAUAGAUACGCACUUGUGAAAAAAAUUACAGAUCUCAGGUUCAGAGAAUGAGUAAGUCUCCCUACUCAGAUAAUAAAGAGUCGUUGGGAAAUACUAACUCAAUAGGGAGGUGUGCAUAUAUGCAAUCCUCCUUCCUGAUUGUAUGAAAGUGAUAGUGUCGAUCACCUUUUCUUUUUUUUUCUUUUUUUUUAGUUUUUCGAGACAGGGCUUCUGUAUAGCCCUGACUGUCCUGGAACUCACUUUGUAAACCAGGCUGGCCUCGAGCUCAGAAAUCCACCUGCCCCUGCCUCCCGAGUGCUGGGAUUAAAGGCGUGUGCCACCACGCCCAGCUUCGAUCACCUUUUCUACACCCUGAUGUAUCAUUUGUAGUUCCAAUCUGAUAACUGGGAACACUUGUAGCGCCUUUCUUGGAGCCCAGCACUGUAGAGGGGUUGUAUGGCUGUCAUCAUGAAGAGUGAGGAGCCUGCAGGAGCAACCCUACUGUGGAUUAUACUGACAUAAGCAAGUCAGCUUGUCACACGGAUUCUCUGGCUGACUCUCUGUGGAUACAGUCUGUUAAACAUAUCCUAGGACGCCUCCCCCACCCUCCAUGCUGUUUUCUCCUCUGUCUGUCUCUCUCCCAAGCUCAGUCACAAGCCUGGAACCUGGGUCUUGGUCUGGGUAGAAGAAGCACUUGCCAUUUCCCAGGGCUAAUAGGUGUGCUGUCAGCUAAUCUCUCAGCCUUCUGGUUCUGCGGCUGGACCACCUCCGUCCCUUGCCUUGAGAGCUCAUGUCUUCUGUUCACGGCACUGGGCAUCCUGAAGGUUGGAAUGAGCAGACAGAGGAGGAGACAGGGACUAUGUCUUCCAGGUCCCUCAUGUCCCUCUGAUUCUCUCCUCAUUCUCCAACACACAAAGGAUUUUGUGUUUAUUUUUCUUUUGGAGUGUGUGUAUACACUCUUAUUGCUGUAAAUUGAAACUUUUUUUUUUCUCCUCACAUUGUUGCCCAGGAUGACCUCAGACUUGCAAUGGUGCUCCUGUCUCAGCCUCUCCGGUGCUGUGACGAUAGGUGUGAGCUACUAGGCCUACGAAAGGUCUUUCAUAACAAACCCGGCUUCAAGUUUAAUCUGUGGAAUAGUUUAAAACACACUGAAGAAAUUAAUUUCUACACACUCAGUUCUACACACUCAGUAGGCUGUCCCUUAAUGCUUUUCUUUCUAUUGAAGGGAGGUAGGGUUGGGGAGCAUCUAACCGUGGGAAGGCCCCAGGGAGGAAGAGGAAGUUUCAUGCUGGAGACAGGAGGGGAGGCCAUCGAGGCUGCUGAUAGACCUGAGUGAGGUUUGCCUGUUGACAGGAGCCGGUGGUAAAGCUCCUUUAAGGAAGGAAGCCUCACACUGGAGGGCAGAAAUUCAAGUGUGAAGCCUCCUUCAUGUGCACCUGGUGGAAACUGAGCCAGGCAGGGCCUUUCUUCUCUGUGUCCCUGAGGCUAUGCUGCCUCAUAGUUCACUCCGUGUCCUCAGGGCCCAGCGCAGGGAAGAAACCAUAGCUAGAUGAAGUUGUGUGAGAGGAAGGAAGAGAUUGAUCUUCACGGGUCUGUAGGUUUAGCUUUGCACACAUCCAUGAAGGUGUAGGAGACUUCCCCUUCAAUAGGUGGUGCUUUUUGUAUGCUUCACCUUCAAGUGUCCCAAGUAGCAAAAUUACAGAUGCUCAUGUUUCCAUAAGAAAGUGGAUUUAAGUGGUUAAGUUCAUUUGUUCUGGCCUAAGCAGAAUCCCAGAGGCUGGGAAGUCUGGGAUCAGGUGUCAGCACAGUCAAGCUCAGUGGAAGGACCUCUUCAUCUGAUUGGUGGCUUCUUGCUAUGUCCUCAUGUGUGUGGUGGGAGUUUGAUCUAUUCUCAUAAGAGCCUUCGUGCCAUCUGUGAAGGUCCCGCCUUUCUGACCACGUUAUCUCUUAAUCCUAUCACAGUUGAUCAGGCCUCAGAGGAGCAGUUUGAGGGGGAAGGGACCCACAUUCCCUCACGCCAGUGCUUUUCUGUCUUACUUUAUUCAGCCUAGCUAAAUAGGGCAACAGAAUAGGUUGGCCCCAUACAAUGGGUUAGGUGACAAGAUGACAAAAAAAGCAUCCCGAUGGUGCAAGUAUGUCGAGCACUUCAGAUAGCUGGGCACUGUGUUAAGCUCUUGUGUGGUAUGUAAGUGGCUCACACGAGCAACUUGGCCCUCAACAUGUUAAUGGGACAAGCCCGAGCCAUACAGUGGGUGAGUAUCAGAACUCCUAAGUCUGGAGCAGGUCUGUGUGGCUCCAAAGCUCUACUCAAAACCAUCAUGGCCCACUUCCUCCCUGAGCAGUUACCUGCAUGGCUUUGCCACAUCUGAUAUCCCAUAGCUGCAGGCCUCUCCCCCUACUAGUCAAAGGGCUUGUAUUUAAAAGAUGGUGGUGAUGAUGAUGAUGGUGGUGGUGAUGGUGGUGAUGAUGAUUUUGGCUUGUUCAUUUGUUACUGUUGUUGCUGUUUUGAGAAAGGAUCUUGCUAUGACCUUAAACUCAUGGUGCUCUUUCUGUCUUAUAUUAUCCAGUGCUGGCGUUAUAGGCACACAUCACCACACACAACUUAAAAGGUUAUUUUUAUUUAUUGUUUUGCAUUUUACUGGUUAUCAAAAUCAAGGCCUCUUGAAUACCAGGCAAGUGCCCCACCCUGAGCUAUGCCCCCAGCCCCAAAAGAUUGUUUUUAAAUAAAAUAUUCUAAGUCUAA